AUGCCGGCCCCGGCCGUGGUAGUGAGAGACCUGCGCUCGGCAGAAGAUCCGAGCAAGGAGCGAGAAUUAAUCAUCCGGCGACGCAGGAAGAUGAUGGCGCAGGCGAAGCUGAAGGUGGCUUACUUUCUUGUCGAGAACGGAUUCAGGAGGAUUGAUGUGAACUGCCCUAAGCGAGUUCACCUGGGCUUUGCCGUCACAUAUCCUCUUCACCUUGCUGCGGAGCGCGACGACUAUGACAUGGUUGUGUUGCUCCUGCACUUUGGUGCUGACCCAGACAUGAAGGAUUCUUGGGGCCGCACCGCUCAUCUGUGCACACACAGUGGGCAGGUUCAGAAGGCACUGAAAAAGCUCGGGGGCGGAGUCCUGGAAACUCAAAGAAUCCCGCGACCAUCCAGGAACCCGACGCCAUUGGGGCUUGAAGAAUUCUUUGCAAAGCUGGAGCAAGAUCCCGUCGUCCAGAGCCUGAAGCAAGCACGAGACAAGCGUAGACAGGAAGUGGAGCAAAUCAAGGUCUGA